AUGCCUCGAGGAUUCUUGGUGAAGAGACACCGGCGAGGCUCGGCGUCAUACCGGUCACGGAGCAACAACAACAAACCGGAGGGUGACCGGAGCGGCGUCGGCGGGGGAUACAGCUGUGAAGCGACCGGAGCAGAGAGCCACGUGCUCAGUGUUUUCCCGUUUCAGCGGCAGGACGGAGAGUUCCCAGUGUCCCGCGAGGACUCCGCUGGUGUCAGGGAGGCGUGGAGCCCGCACGUGGAGUCCGCUCUGGAGGCGGAGGCGGACCGGCGCGCGCAGUUACCUGAGAGCGAGUUGGACGCUUUGAGCCCCGACGGUGACUUCUCGUGCUUCUUCCCGCCGCCGCCGCCUCCGCCACUCACCGACUCCUGCAGCCCAGUUAAACCGGUCGGCACGAGACUUCUUGAGCAGCGCGAGGAAGGAGAAAAACAGCUGCUGUUCACGGGCAGGUGUCUGCCGUCCUCCCCAGUGCCGGACCUGCCGUUCCUGGUCAGCUCCACGCCGACCUCGGUGUCCGCCUCCAUCGAGAGGAUCCUCGCGAGCAGCAGCCGCCACCACGCGCCGUCCUACGGUCACGGUGACAAGUAUGACCCGCCCCACGUGCACCUGUUCCCGCAUCUCACCGUGAUGAGCCAGGAGGCGGCGAGGAAACGCUCGUUCCUCGAGCCGAGCAGCAGCAGACACAGCAAACAGUCUGCGGGCAGCAACCCCACGAAAAAACCCAAAGUGAACCGGAAGCUGAACUUCGAGGACGAGGUCACGACCUCCCCGGUUUUGGGUCUGCGCAUCAAGAAGGAGAGCCCCGAGCUGCGGAGGCACCGGGAGAAGUCGUCCGGCCCCGGCGGGAAUCAGCCGCUGGGGGAGUUCAUCUGCCAGCUGUGCAAAGAGGAGUACCCCGACCCCUUCUCCCUUGCGCAGCACAAGUGCUCCCGCAUAGUGCGUGUGGAGUACCGGUGCCCCGAGUGCGACAAGGUCUUCAGCUGCCCGGCCAACUUGGCCUCUCACCGCCGCUGGCACAAGCCGCGCCCGGUAAGCAGCCCGGCAGGUGAGACCCCGACCCCCAACAAGAACCUUUCGCUCAAAGAGGCACGAGGGCUCGCUCAGCACGAGAGGCCGCCGGUGGAGUUGGAGGGCAAGGAGAACGAGCUGCUGCGCGUGAACACCAAUCAGCACCACGCGGCGCUGGACAGCUCCCGCAUGAGGCGCGAGCAGUCUCUGCUGCUGCUCCACGCGCGGUCCCGGGACAGCCCGGACGGCGACGGCCUCGCGCCUCCCCGCUACGACUCCUCUUCGCGUUACCGGAACCCGGCCGAGAGCUGCCUGGACCUUCAGCCGCAGGUGAGAGCCGCGGACAGCCCGCCGUCCAGCCUCCUCGUGCUGAACCCAGAGGAGCGCGCGGACCUGCCCCAGCAGCAGCUUCCGCCUCUGCCGUUCGUUCAGUCGUUACCGGAGGAGGAGGUGUACGAGUGCCGGUAUUGCGGGAAGAAGUUCCGGCGGCAGGCUUACCUGAAGAAACACCUGGCCGCGCACGAGAUGACAUCGCGAGCGUCUCCGCCCGCUGCAUCUUACGGCCAAGCGCGCGAGCCCAGUUCCGGACAGAGCCAGGUGUGCCUUUGUCACUUGUGCGGCGCGCGCUUCCCGUCGGUCGAAAUCAGGGACAAGCACCGGCUGUGGCACGCGAUGAGGGACGAGCUGAUGGCGGAGACUCUGGGAGGAGGAGGACGCAGAGGGGACGUUUUCCACGCGCACAGAGAGGAGAGCGGUGGCGGGGAGUGCGACCACCAGCAGCAGCAGGAGCAGCAACAGAUCUUCACGUGCAAACACUGCCCCUCCACUUUCUUCAGCUCCCCGGGACUCACGAGACACAUCAACAAAUCUCACCCCACCGAGAACCGGCAGGUGAUGCUGCUGCAGAUGACCGUGCGGCCGUGA